GGUAUCUUUAAAAAGAAUCACUGGUAAGUGGACUGAAGAUGUCUCAUGCUAUCUUUUUUCUUUUUCAUACAUGUCUCUCUUGGCACAUUGCAUAGCUUGUCUUGUUCUGCUUUUGCAAAAACAGCCUUUCCAGUUCUAAUAAAAUAGUUCGUACUGGGAUCUUACCAGGGUGUUAAGCCAGGCGUUUUACUUAAUUUGUUACAUGCAAUUGCAUUUCAUUUUAUCUUUGUUACAUUCAGUAGAUUUCCACUCUGACAAUGUCUUCCGUUAAGAUCGAGUGCAUUUUGCCAAAGAACUGCCGGUGUGGUGAAUCUCCAGUGUGGGAGGAAACAUCCGACUCUCUGCUCUUCGUAGAUAUUCCUGCAAAAACGGUUUGCCGGUGGGAUUCGCUUACCAAACAAGUGCAGCAAGUGACCUUGGAUGCCCCCGUCAGCUCCGUGGCCCUUCGCCAGUCAGGAGGCUAUGUCGCCACAGUUGGAACAAAGUUCUGUGCUUUGAACUGGGAAGAUCAGUCAACAGUUGUCCUAGCCACGGUGGAUAAAGACAAGAAAAACAAUCGAUUCAAUGACGGGAAGGUGGAUCCCGCUGGGAGAUACUUUGCUGGCACCAUGGCUGAGGAAACAGCCCCAGCAGUUCUUGAGCGGCACCAAGGGUCCCUGUACUCCCUUUUUGCUGACCACCAUGUGGAAAAGUACUUUGACCAGGUGGACAUCUCCAAUGGUUUGGACUGGUCCCUAGACCACAAAAUCUUCUAUUACAUCGACAGUCUAUCCUACUCUGUGGAUGCCUUUGACUAUGACCUGCAGACAGGACAGAUAUUCAACCGCCGAAGUGUUUACAAGUUGGAGGAAGAAGAACAAAUCCCAGAUGGAAUGUGUAUCGAUGCUGAGGGGAAGCUUUGGGUGGCCUGUUACAACGGAGGAAGAGUGAUUCGUUUAGAUCCUGAGACAGGGAAAAGACUCCAAACUGUGAAGUUGCCUGUUGAUAAGACAACUUCAUGCUGCUUCGGAGGGAAGGAUUAUUCUGAAAUGUAUGUGACCUGUGCACGGGAUGGAAUGGAUCCUGAGGGUCUCUUGAGGCAGCCUGAAGCUGGUGGGAUUUUCAAGAUAACUGGCCUCGGGGUCAAAGGAAUUUGCCCCUAUCCUUAUGCAGGAUAAAUGACAGGAUUUCUUUCCUGAUGGAGGAAACUUUGAAGACAGCUAGAAUUCUGGGGCUGUGAUCUCAAUCUAGUUAGAAAAAUGAAGCAAUGAUAUUAUUAAUAAGCUCAAAUUUUUAUUUACAAUACUUAAAAGGUAGAGCAUUUUUAACAAGGGGUGACGGGUGGUUUUGAUAACAUACUAUAAACCCUUCUGAAAAAGGUAAAAACUACAGAAGAAAUGCGAAGAAUUGUUCAACUGUCAACCAGCCUCUUGACUGCAGAUUGCUUGGGAAAAAGGGACCAUAUCUGUUCUUUAUUCUGCUUUAUACAGCUUCAAAAAAACAAUAAACAAUAGCCUGUUAGUAACUCAUUGCUUAUAUGUUCAUUUUUAUUUUCAUCAUACUCUUGUAAAAUAUACCACGAUGCUAAUCUACCUUGAUAUUACUCUUCCAAUGUUAUUUUACAAGCUAAAAUACUGCUGGGGGUCAAAGGAAUUUGCCCCUAUCCUUAUGCAGGAUAAAUGAUAGGAUUUCUUUCCUGCUGGAGGGAACUUUGAAGACAACUAGAAUUCUGGGGCUGUGAUCUCAAUCUAGUUAGAAAAAUGAAGCAAUGAUAUUAAUAGGCUCAAAUUUUUAUUUACAAUACUUAAAAGGUAGAGCAUUUUUAAUAAGGGGUGACGGGUGGUUUUGAUAACAUACUAUAAACCCUUCUGGAAAAGGUACUACAGAAGAAAUGGGAAGAAUUGUUCAACUGUCAACCGGCCAGGUAAGAAUUAAACACUGGCAACAUCCAUGGUUCCAGCUACCACCAUCUGGAUGUAUAAGUAGUAUAUCACUUUGGAAAGAAUACUUUUUUAAAUGUAGCUUAUUGAGAUAUAAUUGACCUGCACAUAUUUAAAGUAUACAAUUUGAUGUUUGACAUAUAUACACAUUCAUGAAACCAAUACCACAAUCAAGAUAAUAAACAUAUCCACUACCCCGAAAUUUUCCUUGUACCCCCUUUGUAACCCUUUUCUUCUGCCCCUCUAUACACCCACCCGCUUCCAUCCCCAGGAAACCACUACUGAUCUGCUUUCUGUCACUAUAAGUGAAUCUGCAUUUUUGAGAAUUUUAUGUAAAUAUACCCUUUUGUCUAGCUUCUUUCACUCAGCAUAAAUAUUUUGAGAUUCGUCCAUAUCAUAUAUAGCAAUAGUGCAUUCCUUCUUAGUGUGAAGUAGCAUUCCAUCUUAUGGGUAUAUCCCGAUUUGUUUAUCCAUGUCAGUGGGUAUUUAAUAGAUGUCACUGUUAAUGGACAUUUGUUCCCAAUUUUUCACUACGGCAAAUGAAGCUUCCAUAAGCAUUCAUGUACAAGUCUCUGUAUGAGCAUGUGCUUUCAUUUCUCUUGGGGAAAUACCUCGGAGUGGAAGGGCUGGAUCUUACUGUAGGGCGUGUUUAUAUUUGUAACAAACUGCCAAACUGUUUCCAAAAUGGUUGCCAUUUUAUAUUGGUACGAGCCAUGUGUAUAUCAAAGUUCAGUUCUUCCACAUCCUUGCCAACACUUGAUAUGGUGAGUCUUUUCAAAAGUAGCCAUUCUAAUAGAAGCGUAGUAGGUAUUUAAUUGGAGUUUUUUUUUUUGAUAAUUUUUAUUGAGCUUUAAGUGAACGUUUACAAAUCAAGUCAGUCUGUCACAUAUAAGCUUAUAUACACCUUACUCUAUACUCCCACUUACUUAAUUGUAGUUUUAAUUUCUAUUACCCUAAUGACUAAUUGGAGCUCUGGUGGCACACUGGUUAAGAGUUUGGCUGCUAACCAAAAGGUCAGCAGUUCAAUCCACCAGCCACUCAUUGGAAACCCUAUGGGGCAGUUCUACUCUGUCCUAUAGGGUCAAUAUGAGUCAGAAUUGACUCAACGGCAAAGGGUUUUAAUGACUAAUAAAUUUGAGCAUCUUUUCAUGUGCUUAUUUGUUGUCCAUAUAUUUUCCUUGGUGAAGUGUCUGUUCAAAUCUUUGCCCAUGUUUUAUUUGUAUUCUUAGAAUUCUGUAUGUAUUUUAGAUAUAUAUCCUUUAUCAGAUAUGGGAUAUGCUAAUACUUUCUCCCAG